AUGAGCACAGGACAAAAAUACACAGACGUCAAGAAAGGAGGUGAGCCAACCAAGAUGAAUUAAAAAGUUAUUUGUGUCUACUGUUUUGCUGUAGCUAGUUAGUUAAAGUAUACAUAGGACAUUUAUAGAAGUUGACCAAUUUUGUCGAAAAUAGUUGGUACUUCUGUGUUCUAUAUUUUUGCCCAAAUGUUAGCUAGCUAACUUUCUUAGCUAGCUAGCAUUGCGUUCAACCAAGCAAGGACAGGUAGGUAGCCAGCUCAGCUAGCUAACUGUUAGCUAGCUAACAUGAGUUCUCCUUUGGAGUAGGAGUAGCUAGCUAGAAUAUCAAUUUGCGUAGCCCUGGCUUCAAUACCUCAUUGUCUAAGUAUUGAAGGCAGUACACCUGCAAGAGGUGUGCACAAAUAAAGGAUGUCUAGCUAGUAACUUCGUUAGCCUGCGAGGAGGAGGAGGAGGAGGAGGAGGAGUAGUAGUAGUAGUAGUAGUAGUAGUAGUAGUAGUAGUAGUAGUAGUAGUAGUAGUAGUAGUAGUAGUAGUGUUAGUUAGUUAGUUAGCUAGCUAGCUAUAGCAGUUAUAAGCAGGUUGCAUUAGCUAGCUAGCUAGUUUGCCAGUUGAAUCAAGUAGUACAUCAGUGUUAAUUUGUGUCAAUAACAAAAUCAUAUUUACAUUGAAUGCUGCACAGACACAAUUGUCUAUUGAUAGACAUGUGACACUGUUAGUGACCUUUUGUUUUUUUCAGCGCAGGACAGGAUGCCCCAGGAGGAGAUGAAGAAGCCUCUAAUAUGGGGUGGUGCCAGCCCCAGCCCCAGACACCUCAAAACCUCAAUUUCCGAUCCAGGUACCCCCUUGGUUGGCAUCCUGGGCACAGGUGACUUCUCCCGCUCCUUAGCCACCGGGCUGGUAGCUUCCGGGUACCGGGUGGUGGUGGGCAGCCGCAACCCCAAGCGCUGUGCCUCCCUCUUUCCCGAGGAGGCUGAGGUGACCACCCAGCACCAGGCUGCCACCCAGGCCGACCUGGUGUUCGUGGCCCUCUUCCCCGAGCACUACUCCACCCUGGCUGGGCUGAGGGAGCCGCUAGUGGGGAAGAUUCUGGUGGAUGUUAGUAACGGUACUAAGAUCAACAGGGAUAAGCAGUCCUACGCGGAGCAGCUGGCCGAUAUCUUCCCAGAGAGCAGUGUGGUGAAGGGCUUCAAUGUGAUCUCGGCCUGGAGCCUGCAGACGGGGCCACGGGACGGCAGCAGACAGGUAAGGCCUAAGUCCUCUGAACACACAACAGUGCCAGAGAAGAGACAGACAGACAGACAUUACUACUCUGAAUGACAUUUGGACGUACAGUUUUUAUAUAUUUUUUGCUCUAAACCGGACAAUGUCUGCAGUUUAUGUAAUGUUAGAUGUUUCACACAUUCUCAUCUUGCAACCAUAUUCUCACAGGUGUUGGUCAUACGAUGUCACUGUAGCUAAACGAUGUGAUGUAGGGUAGGCUAUUGGUGAAGUAUAGUGUCUCUUCAGUUGGGUUCUCCUUGGUGAAGAUUCCCUUCCCUUAGCUGACACUCUUCUCUUUACUAUCCAGGUGCUGAUUUGCAGUGACAGCAGUAGGGCCAAGAGCGCUGUACUCCAGAUCUGCCGCAGUCUAGGCUUCAUCCCUGUUGACAUGGGCCGCCUCUCCUCUGCCCAGGAGAUAGAGAACACCCCCCUGUACCUCUUCCCUUCGUGGCGUCUCCCUUGUCUCUCCACCCUCUGCCUUUUCCUCUUCUUCUACGCCUACAACUUCCUACGUGACGUCAUCCACCCUUACGCCACGGCGGGGAAGAGCGCAUUCUACAAAAUGCCGGUGGAGGUGGUAAACGUGACUCUCCCCUCGGUGGCCUUGGUGACCCUGGCUCUGGUCUACCUGCCGGGCCUCGUGGCUGCCUUCCUGCAGCUGUCGUGGGGCACCAAGUACAGGCGCUUCCCCAACUGGUUGGAUCGCUGGCUGCAGCUUCGGAAGCAGUUGGGCCUCUGUGCCUUCCUCUGCGCAGCCCUGCAUGCCGUCUAUAGCCUGUGUUUGCCCAUGCGCAGGUCUGCACGCUACAGUCUGCUCAAUGCUGCCUUCAAACAGGUGAGAAAGCGUCAUCAAACUAUUUAUAAAUAGUGUAGCCUACAUACUAUAAAUGAAUUAGUAUUGAAGUAUAAAUGUAUGGGUCUAAACAUAAGCAUUAAAAACAUUUCUACUCAUCAGCAUUUAUAACGUUUUCAAUAUGGUAAAACAUUUGUAAUGGAUUAUGCAUAUUAUAGUGUAACCACCUGACCUCACAGUAAGCAACAAUGUGUGUUUGCUGUGCAGGUGAAGGCAGGCCAGGAGGACUCGUGGGUAGAGGAGAAGGUGUGGAGGAUGGAGCUGUAUCUGUCUAUAGGCAUCCUGGCCCUGGGCCUGCUCUCUCUGCUGGCUAUCUCCUCACUGCCCACCGUGGGCAAAUCUCUCAACUGGAGGGAGUUCAGCUUCGUACAGGUCAGCACAUUUGCACACACACACCUUUUCUGUGUACAUGAGCAGUAAGUCAUUGGAGCAGUCGAAGACUGGCAAAACACAUUAACAUUGUAGCCUACUGUAGAAAGACAACCUCUGAGCUAUGCGUGUCAACUCUUCUUCUCGCAUGCCUCGGAAUUCAUAAAGGGGGAACUUUACUAUAAUGGUUCCAUUUUCCAGGGAUUUGUCCUUCUUUGGAGCUUUUAGAACUUCCCCUUCAUAUGUAUGUUAAGCUGAUCCAGUCGGCGCCAGAUUAGUCACAUGCUGCUAGUCCCUGUGAUAAAAGGCCUGGGUUCUGCUUGGCCUGUCAGAAUGGCCUGUCUGCCAAAAGCCCGGAGCCGCAGUAAAACAUUUGAGCAUUAUUCUCCAUCAAGAUUACAGUCUUGCAGUCCCUUAAGCUUGCAGCCAGCCAGACAUAAUGUAGUGAGUUCAGUCCUGCUGAUUCAUAGUGCAGACGACAGACGGACAUGGCUUUAAGUGAGUUAGGCUGGUAUUAGGAACUGUUAACUUGCCCAGACUUUCUUAACAGAGCCUUGUAUAAUUAUUGGUAAAAUUACAUUUACAUUUACGUCAUUUAGCAGACGCUCUUAUCCAGAGCGACUUACAAAUAGGUGCAUUCACCCUAUAGCCAGUGGGAUAACCACUUUACAAUAUAUAUAUAUAUAUUUUUUUUUUUAGGGGGGGGGGGGGGGGGGGUAGAAGGAUUAUUUUAUCCUAUCCCAGGUAUUCCUUAAAGAGGUGGGGUUUCAAAUGUCUCCGGAAGGUGGUGAGUGACUCCGCUGUCCUGGCGUCGUGAGGGAGCUUGUUCCACCAUUGGGGUGCCAGAGCGGCGAACAGUUUUGACUGGGCUGAGCGGGAACUAUGCUUCCGCAGAGGAAGGGGAGCCAGCAGGCCAGAGGUGGAUGAACGCAAUGCCCUCGUUUGGAUGUAGGGACUGAUCAGAGCCUGAAGGUACAGAGGUGCCGAUCCCCUCACAGCUCCAUAGGCAAGCACCAUGGUCUUGUAACAGAUGCGAGCUUCAACUGGAAGCCAGUGGAGUGUGCGGAGGAGCGGGGUGAAGUGAGAGAACUUGGGAAGGUUGAACACCAAAUGGGCUGCGGCAUUCUGGAUGAGUUGUAGGGGUUCAAUGGCACAGGCGGGGAGCCCAGCCAACAGCGAGUUGCAGUAAUCCAGACGGGAGAUGACAAGUGCCUGGAUUAGGACCUGUGCCGCUUCCUGUGUAAGGCAGGGUCGUACUCUCCGAAUGUUGUAGAGCAUGAACCUGCAGGAUCGGGUCACCGCCUUGAUGUUAGCGGAGAACGACAGGGUGUUGUCCAGGGUCACGCCAAGGCUCUUCGCACUCUGGGAGGAGGACACAAUGGAGUUGUCAACUGUGAUGGCGAGAUCAUGGAACGGGCAGUCCUUCCCCGGGAGGAAGAGCAGCUCCGUCUUGCCAAGGUUCAGCUUGAGGUGGUGAUCCGUCAUCCAUACUGAUAUGUCUGCCAGACAUGCAGAGAUGCGAUUCGCCACCUGGUUAUCAGAAGGGGGAUGGAGAAGAUUAGUUGUGUAUCGUCAGCGUAGCAAUGAUAGGAGAGGCCAUGUGAGGAUAUGACAGAGCCAAGUGACUUGGUGUAUAGGGAGAAUAGGAGAGGGCCUAGAACUGAGCCCUGGGGGACACCAGUGGUGAGAGCACGUGGUGCGGAGACAGCUUCUCGCCACGCCACUUGGUAGGAGCGACCGGUCAGGUAGGACGUGAUCCAGGAGUGAGCCGCGCCGGAGAUGCCCAGCUCGGAGAGGGUGGAGAGGAGGAUCUGAUGGUUCACAGUAUCAAAGGCAGCAGACAGGUCUAGAAGGACAAGAGCAGAGGAGAGAGAGUUAGCUUUAGCAGUGCGGAGAGCUUCCGUGACACAGAGAAGAGCAGUCUCAGUUGAAUGACCAGUCCUGAAACCUGACUGGUUUGGAUCAAGAAGGUCAUUCUGAGAGAGAUAGCAAGAGAGUUGGCUAAAGACGGCACGCUCAAUAGUUUUGGAAAGAAAAGAAAGAAGGGAUACUGGUCUGUAGUUGUUGACAUCAGUGGGAUCGAGUGUUGGUUUUUUGAGAAGGGGUGCAACUCUCGCUCUCUUGAAGACGGAAGGGACAUAGCCAGCGGUCAAGGAUGAGUUGAUCAGCGAGGUGAGGUAGGGGAGAAGGUCACCGGAGAUGGUCUGGAGAAGAGAGGAGGGGAUGGGGUCAAGCGGGCAGGUUGUUGGGCGGCCUGCAGUCACAAGUCGCAAGAUUUUAUCUGGAGAGAGAGGGGAGAAAGAAGUCAAAGCAUAGGGUAGGGCAGUGUGAGCAGGACCAGCAGUGUCAUUAGACUUAACAAACGAGGAUCGGAUGUCGUCAACCUUCUUUUCAAAGUGGUUGACGAAGUCAUCCACAGAGAGAGAGGAGGGGGGGGGGGGAGGAUUCAGCAGGGAGGAGAAUGUGGCAAAGAGCUUCCUAGGGUUAGAGGCAGAUGCUUGGAAUUUAGAGUGGUAGAAAGUGGCCUUAGCAGCAGAAACAGAUGAAGAAAAUGUAGAGAGGAGGGAGUGAAAAGAUGCCAGGUCGGCAGGGAGUUUAGUUUUCUUCCAUUUCCGCUCCGCUGCCCGGAGCUCUGUUCUGUGAGCUCGCAAUGAGUCAUCAAGCCACGGAGCUGGAGGGGAGGACCGAGCCGGCCGGGAGGAUAGGGGACACAGAGAGUCAAAGGAUGCAGAAAGGGAGGAGAAGAGGGUUGAGGAGGCAGAAUCAGGAGAUUGGAGGGAGAAGGCUUGAGCAGAGGGAAGAGAUGAUAGGAUGGAAGAGGAGAGAGUAGUGGGAGAGAGAGAGCGAAGGUUGCGGCGGCGCAUUACCAUCUGUGUAGGGGCAGAGUGAGUAGUGUUGGAGGAGAGCGAGAGAGAAAAGGAUACAAAGUAGUGGUCGGAGACAUGGAGGGGAGUUGCAGUGAGAUUAGUAGAAGAGCAGCAUCUAGUAAAGAUGAGGUCAAGCGUAUUGCCUGCCUUGUGGGUAGGGGGGGACGAUUUUACUGAGUUACAGUUCGAUUUUACUGAGUUACAGUUCUUAUAAGUAAAAUAGUCAAUUUAAAUAAAUAAAUUAGGCCCUAAUCUAUGGAUUUCACAUGACUGGGCAGCAGUGCAGCCAUGGGUGGGCCCUGGAGGGAAUAGGCUCACCCACUGGGAAGCCAGGCCCAGCCAAUCAGAAUGAGUUUUUCCCCACAAAAGGGCUUUAUUACGGACAGAAAUACUCCUCAGCAUACCCCCCCACCCUCCCUCUGACGAUCCCGCAGGUGAAGAAGCCGGAUGUGGAGGUCCUGGGCUGGUGUGGUUACAUGUGGUCUGCGGUUGUGAGGCCAGUUGGAUGUACUGCCAAAUUCUGUAAAAUUUUAUUGGAGGCAGCUUAUGGUAGAGAAAUGAACAUUCAAUUCUCUGGCAACAGCUCUGGUGGACAUUCCUGCAGUCAGCAUGCCAAUUGUACACUCCCUCAAAACUUGAGACAUCUCUGGCAUUGUGUUGUGACAAAACUGCACAUUUUAAAGUGGCCUUUUAUUGUCCUCAGCACAACGUGAACCUGUGUGAUGAUCAUGCUGUUUAAUCAGCUUCUUGAUAUGCCACACCUGUCAAGUGGAUGGAUUAUCUUGGCAAAUGAGAAAUGCUCACUAACAGGGAUGUAAACAAAUUUGUGCACAAAAUGUAAGAAAAAUAAGCUUUUUGUGCUUGUGGAACAUUUCUGGGAUUUUUUAUUUCAGCUCAUGAAACAUGGGACCAACACUUUACAUGUUGCGUUUAUAUUUUUGUUCAGUAUACUUAGGGAUGGGGAUGAAAUGGGUGAGUCACGACAGUGAACCUUCCCGCCUGUCAAGGGUAAUUAUAAUUCAGCUGCUCUCUGUAGUGCCCUGUACUGUGCUAAUAAUUAGAGGGAACACACACACAGACACACACACGCGCUGACUACAGGGGCUCAUUAAGGACAAAUGUUGAGCUUGUAGGUCAUACUGUCCCCUUGGGCCUCUUUACUACACUCGUGAGCUAAUAUACUGCACAUAUAAUAUACCACUCAAGUCACCACUUCCUUUCACCUCACUAAGAUGUUGAGUUAUUAGGUUAUGUAGAAGGUUCAAAGGUCAACAGCCAGAUCCCCGGUGUUCUGUACAUCUGGGUAGGCCAACCUCGUUUGCAUUUACAGUCUUUCAUAAAGGGGUUUGAUUGGGUAUGGAUGGAGUAUUGGGGGAUUUAUAAGUUCAGAAGUGUAUUUUUUUAAAACGUUCAAUAUAAAAUGGGUCCAUCACCAUCGGAUCUCACGACCUGACAUUGUAUUGAAUAAAAAAAACUGGAUUUCAAACCAAAUUAACUUAUAGUGAGUACAUCUGAAGCCGGCUAUCACCCAGAUUCAGUUCAAUUCAAAUACGUUUUCUCCCCUCCAGUCCAGACUUGGCUACACCGCCCUGGUGAUGGCCACCCUCCACACGCUGACCUACGGCUGGGACCGGGGCUUGGACCCGGAGCAGUAUCGCUUCUACCUCCCUCCCACCUUCCUGCUGGUGCUGGCCCUGCCGCUGGCUGUGCUGCUGGGGAGGCUGGCUCUGUCCCUGCCGUGUGUGGCUCUCCGGCUGAGUCGUAUCAGGAGGGGUUGGGAGAAGAGCCGAGCCAUCCGCUUCACACUGCCUGAGGACGAGUGUAACGGGCCAUCACAGGAUGACAUCAGUAAUGUUUGAGAGAUAUGCUUGGUUUAGUCUUACAUGCAGGGUUGAAUGAAGGAAGCAUGGAAGACACACACACACACAGGCAAGUGGCGAUGGGAGAGAAGUACUGACCGUGUCAUUAUAAGGGAUGGAAUAUCACCAACAGUAGCCUUAUGCAUCAAAAACAAUUUAGAGAUUUCAAUGGCCUUUGUUUUACUAGUGAACAUGCUACUUGUUUGGAUGCCAUUUCAUCUAUAGCACUACUGUUUACCUUGGUAUAUUUAUCAAGAGAAAUGAACUAUGGUUGUAUUGCUCACUAAGCCUCCGGCACAUGUACAGUUAUGCAUUUCGGAUAUGGCUAUUAUAGUGCUGCUUUUAAAUUUGCUGCCGCUACUCCCUUUAACUAAACUGGAAACCAGACAUUGUCAUUGUCUUCCUACUAGUCUCUUAGCCAGUCAAAUACUGGGCAUCCAAUGCUAUCACACAAAUCAAAAUAAAAUACAUUGUACUUGUAGUAGCCUCUGUCUCAGGCUUUCACUUCAAUGUGAGCGAAGCCUGGGCAUCCGAGGCUGUACUUGUAGUACUGUUAGAUGCCUCAGCUCUGUCCUGCUCGCGGCUGAAUCUGGCUCAGCUGUCUGAUUUGCCUGCCCUGACGCUAAGGUCAGUCAGAGCCAAAAUGUUGCAACUCACAACAAUGUCAUCGGUUGUUUGGGGGUGUCAUGCCUGCUUCUGCUGUGUAAUCGCUUCUUACUGCUCGGAGAUGUGUUUAGAAAAUAGACCUUUAUAUUUUCUGCCUUAGAUUAUUGUUGCACUGUUUUUACGCGUCAAUGAAUGCACUAUAAUGUUUAGACUUUACCUGGUCAGAGUCUUUCAAAGAUCAAAUGUGUGUCAAAGAUUGGAGAAAUGUACUAUCAAGUCCCAAAUUGUUGCUGGCACCAAACCCAGUCGAGGAUGGCUCAUGUUUUGUUUCUGUGUUGAAGUUACACUGUGAUAUAGGUAUAAUUUAAAUAUGACAUUGUAUAAAAUGUACUAAUUUUAUUGAAUGAUCAAACAAACCUGCUGUCAUGGUGACUCAAUGGUACAUCUGAAAUUGUAAGAGCUAUUUUAUAUUCUCUGACUGUUACAUUUUUUCUUGCGUCACUUGUGGUUCUGUUAAAUGUACGAAUUUCCAUUGGUUUAUCCACAAAAUGAAAUCAAAGACAUGUAUAUUUUGAUAGUGCUUAUUUUCAGAAUAAACACAGUAUUUUCCACAACUUACC